AUGACAGCGGGAGGAAUAGGAGGAAUUCGCGGUGUUUCGCAGUGUUUUUCGAAAGCGCUUGGUAUAAAUCCUCACUUCAUUUUUAUGGUGAGCAGAGUUGGCUUUACAAGUUUGCGUAACUCAAUUGAUGCACGUAAAAUAUUGCUGAGGCGCUUGACUUGUGUGGGCUUCAGACGCAAGCGUUUAAUCGUGGGCUUUGCGGCCGGAGCUGUGGGAGCCGCAGCUGCCUACUACUGGUGGACUGGCUACAAUAAGACGAAACUCGAGCAACAGAGGAGUGUCGAAAAGGAGCUGUCGGCCAUUCUGCGUGGGGCUGCUCUGCACCAUGGCGGUGACGGCAGUGGCGCCAGCGCCGACGCUGGCGGCGAUACGGAUGGCGAUGACUGCGGCUCGCCCGAUCUUGACGAGUCUCUGGACAGCCACUUCAAUUACAUCCAGAAAGUUUCUGCCCCGCAGGAAUUGUCGAACCUGUUGCCCCGCAUUCAAGCGACCUUAAUGAAGCUGACGGAAGUGGCCUUGGUCAAGCAGCUGCAGCAGCAGGUGAUUGCGGGUGGCAGCCGCAGCGGCGGUGUGCAGCAGCAGCUGCGGCUGCUGGCGCGGCUCUGCUUUGGACGCACCGUAGCGGCGGCCUUUCUUCUGCCCCUCAUGGACUUAUGCGUACGGACUAAGCUCAAUAUUAUUGGUAAGGCUUCUUGGGGCAAGAGAUGGGCGGUAGUGAAGGCUGCGUGGGAAGGAUGGCCACAGAAGAAUCUGUGUAGCCAGUGGAUGCCCGGACGACACUUGUUUCUGCAGGAGAAGUUUUCCAAGCUGCGGCAGCCGGCCGCGCCCGCGGCUCGAAUGCGGCUCCCGCCCCGGUUGACCACCGCAGCAGUAGAGGCGUUCCUGGCCUGUGAGCAGCUCGCGGAGCGGGGUUGUGCUUGGCUGGUGGACCAGGCCAUGCUAUCGGUCGACCAGGUGCUGGAGGGUAUUCCCAUGGAUGCGAAUGUCACUCCCGAGGAGCUGGCGGAGAUGGUGCAGGCCAUGGCGACGUGUCUGGGGCAGGCCGUCAACGCCGCCGGGGCCCUGUCUCCCACCGGCUGUGCCUGGGUGGACACGAUUGUGGGGCCCACGGCGGCGGCGGCGGUAGGUGUGGACGCCGCCGCAGCCACAGGCAGCGCGGAAGCCUACCGGCGGGCCUUAUCUAAUGCUGCCAUGGUGGAGGAGCUGGAGUCGGAGUUGCGGCGAGUGUUGUGCAACUACCGCUUCGGUGAGGCGCUGCACGCUGCGGUCAGCCAGUGUUUGAGCACCUGUGCAGCGCACAUCCACGCAACCUUUAUCUCCCAGGCGGCUCAGGCUCAGCAGCAGCAACAACAACAACAACAACAAAGUCAACCGCCGGUGGCUGGUCCUCCCAGUCCAACACUGCCUCAGGGCCCUGACGCGCCUGAGGGUGGCCAGCCCAGCACGUCUGAGCGGCAGGGCGCCGUGUCGCCAUUCGCCACAGCCUCGCAAUGCUGCAGGGCCCCUUCCUCCGAGAGCGAAGGCGUGGACGACGGCCGGCGUAGUGAAGAGGUGGAUCGGAUAGAUGAGGUGUCACCGGCACCGGGGCCGCCCCCCCCUACAUCACCGUUGCGCAACGGCAGCAGGGCUGCGUCCUUGGCGGCGGCGGCUGUGGCGGCGAUGCAACCGCGGCCGCUAGCGCGCUGCCUGAAGGCGGUUCAAGGCGCAUGUGAGCCGCUUUUUGUGGAUGCUCGAGAAGUGUCGGCGCGCAUCGCCGUCCUGCCGCCCGUCAUGUCGCUGUGCGCCGUGGCCUUUGCGGCACCUCUGGAAUUGUAG